AUGAGUGAGGGGGGGCAGCCAGGAGAGCACAGGCCUGGGGUCACAGCUGAAGCCAAUUUCGGCCCUUUCCUGUCUGAGGUGCUGCAGGCUGGGGUCAAGCUCAGGUUCCAUGGAGCUGGUAUCUAUAAGGAUACGCUGCAGUCCUUUAAAAUACCUUUGGUAUGGAGCCAAGCCAAGAAGGCUCAGACGAGGAAAACAAGAAAGAUGCUAUGUGACAUACUGAGGAUGGGAGGAGCCAGCUGUCAUUGUGAUGAAGAGGAGCCCAUUGAGGCGUCCAGGUGGUUCCAGUUAUUCUACCUGAGGGUGUCUGACAGAGAAAACAGGGCCAAAGCGUGA